AGGUGAGGUACCGAGCGGCUCUCACCGGGCUCUGGUCCCAGCGGCUCCUCCGCAGUGAAGCUGAAAGAAUGGAAUUACAAAGAAAACUGAUGGACUACAGGAGGUCGGAUGCAUACCUAAUGAAGCUAAAAUACAUGAAGCUGAAAAACUACUUGAGAGAAGUACAGGAACGCCAGGAAAGAGCUCGUCUGCGGAACCAGGCCCUGCUGGAGGAGCUGGACCAGUUUGAGGCUCGAAUGAAAGCUUCAAGCUUGGAGAUGACUCAGAAGAUGGAAGCAUCGUACAGAAGAGAAGUUAAACGUGCGUUAUUGCUUGGAGGGAGUGACUUGGCAGCCAGAGAUGACCAGGAAUGGGACCGCAUGGAGCAGAUGCCAUGGGCUGGAAUUCGCACCAGGACAACCAUGCCAAGACAGCUCUAUCACCCAGCGACAGGCUCUAUGAGCCACCACACAUCAGCCCUCUCAGCUGACGGGGGUUUGGGCACCCAGCAGAGCCCCCCUCAGCCCACAGAGAGCUGCUCAGCACCUGAGCCAUCUUUGUGCCUUCCAUCACUUGAAGGACUUGGUCUGGAGAGCAGAAGCACUGACUUAGAGAGGGAUGCAGCAGUGGAGGGAGCAGUGAGACCUGGGGACAUGGCUGCCAGUGAGGAAGACUCCGAGGACCUCAUCUCUUCAGGUACCCCUGAGGAGGAACAGCCACAGGGAAGCAUCCCAGGACCAAAGCCAGGCCUGGGUAACUGGUGGCCUCCUAAGGAGCUGAGCUGGGACAUCAGCACUGUGCUUCCAGGCCCUGCCAGCACGGAGGAGGGGAUGCCGAGUGUGCCGCAGGGAUUGGCCUCACCAGUGGCAAACUGGGAGCAGAGCAGGGAUGCUCACCCUGCAGAAGACUCCCCAGUGCACACACCAGACCCUCACAGGGAGCAGGAGGAGCUGCCCUUGGUCAGCUCAGCACCAGGCAGCCCCCAUGGGAUGCUGGCAGCCCUCUCCCGAGCACUGGAGCAGAUAGAAGACGUGGUGAGGAGGAGCCCCCAGCGACAGGCGCUGUAUCAGGGCAAGCAAAUGGUGACACUGGAGCUGCUCAGUGGGGCCACCAGCCUGGAAGAUGGCAACCUUGAAGCAUGCGAAGCUGUCGUCCUCCAUCAGCUUCGGGCUUCGUUACAGAACACCCUGGAUGGCUGCGUCCGACCCAAGGACAUGCUCCAGGCUCAAGGCAGAGCAGAGGAUGAAGAGCAAAGCAGGCCGGAGCAGCGGUGGGACACGGACGUGCUGCAGACCUGCCUGAGCAAGCAUGCCCUCUUCCUGAGGAAGCACCAUGUCCAGCUCCCACCUGAAGUGUCAGAGAUGUUCGACCGCCUGCUGGCACUGGAUGGCCAGGCUCUGCCUGGGUGGAGAGAAGCCCUUCCAGAAGCGAAUGGGGACAGGUCAUCUCCUCGGAGUCAUGAACCCUCGUGCAGCACCUCAUCAUCCACCCCAGAUGAUGGCAGGGAAGCAGAGGAGGCAGAACACGCUCCUGGGCAUGCUGGCAUGGGAGGACAAGAAGUCCCGAGCUGGUGUGAAGAUGAGAGCAAGGAAGAAAGCGCGGUCGAAAAGAUUCCUAUUACAGGUUGGGAUGUUGGUGACAAUGGUUCCAAAGCAAGAGAGAGCCACGAACCGCAGUCGGAAACCAGUCCCUCCUCGAGCCCAAGUCCUCCCUUGUCAAGGGCUGAAACCAGGAAGGGAAUGGUAGCUGCUAUAAAAUCCAAAGCUUUCUGGGGUGAAUCUGAUGAGAGCAGCUCUGAGCUCGAGGCUGCUCUGCGCCCCCAAGCCCACAGCACAGAGGCAGAUGAGUUUGAUGACUUCUAUGAUUAGGAUCCCCCUGCUCACUCUGGGGAAGAAAUAAGCAGAAUCCUCUUGUUCAUAUGGAGCAUGCUGCUGGCUGAAGUGCAGCUCCUCACUGCACGGUCACAGACAACGUACAUACACAAUAAAGAUUCCUUGGUUCUAUA